CCCAUGCUGGCGGAAGCGAGGGGUGAGGUGAGAGCUGUGAGCACGCAAGCCAUUCAGUCUCACCAUUCAGUCUCACUAAAGGCUUCGAAGGAAUAACAUGGGGAACCUGAGCUGUGUCCCGCAGCCGCACCGCCACCUCAGAUACUCCUUUAGUAGGAAGAACUCAUUGCAGCAGGGCAAAGAGCAGGAUGGCAGAACCAAGUGGACAUACUUGUUUGGGAACGAAAGUGGAGUUGGAAGAGAGAGAAUCUCAGAUAACAUUCUGCAUUACAUCCCAGGGAAGGACAUUGGAAACCAUGAUGUACACAAGGACAGUGUGGAUCAAAGAUUUCUCAGUAUCUUCAGGAAGGGCAAGAAAAAAACCAUCGUCAGGAAUAUGGGCCAAAUGAUUCACUAUUCCAAAGUCAAAUUCUGCUUUCACAACAGCCAGGACAUAAGUGACUGUUACUUGGAGCUAUUUCAGUCCCACCUGUAUUUUCAGUCUCGCAGCCCCACUGGUUUGACUUCUCAGGGACUGGUGCCGCUGAAGGAGCUGAGUAUAUAUAAACUGGAGCGCUCCAAAGGCCCUUCUAACCAAGCACAAGAGUAUGCAUUCCGGAUAACAGGUCCCUUGCUGAACCCUCUGAUUGUCUAUUGUGCAAGCCAGCAAGAGUUGCAGAAGUGGCUUUACCACUUGGAGAAACAGAUCCAACUUAACGGGGGCAACCUAGAUAAGAUAUCUGCAAAUGAGGGAAGCAAAGAUAGCAACUGGGAGAAAUCUGAACUCAGAAGAUCUGUGCAGAGUCAGCCGGUCCAGGACUGGGAGGAAAGGCAGAGAGAAUCACUGGGCUCCAUUACCUGCAUCUCCAAGGUCAAGCUGCAGACAUUGCCUUUCAAGGAGCUCAAUGAAAGGCUAUUGGUCCUCUAUUCAAGUUCUUUAGUUAUACUCUCUGAGGAUGGGAAAUAUCUAUGCUUUAAGGGAGAGCUUCCACUGAAAGCAAUACGGGUAGUUUCAGAUGAGGUGGAGAAGAAAAGGAAGUCAUUUUUAAUAGAAGGAAGGUACAUUAAUACCAUCAGGGUGAUAUGCCUUAAUCAGAUGGAUUAUGAAGAGUGGAUUGAACACCUGAAAAGGGCACAGCAGCAAAACAGGGAUUCCUCUCUCUCUGGCUCCAGUAGCUUUUGUGGAUCUCACUCUGCCCAGCAGGAACAGCUAACAUCAAGCUGCAGGAGUUCAUUUAACUCAGACGUUCACAGCAAAUCAUGGACCUCAGUCGGCAAAUUGCCCAAUUCCAACCGCCAGUCUCACAGCACCACACAUGGCUCUGACCGCCAGUCAAUCACCGUCCUCCGAGAACAUCCAGUGCAAGAUGAUCCCCUGUCUCCUGGAUAUUCCGAACCUGUACAUUGUUUGGGUAAUCCAGUGUGGUCUAGUGCAACAAAUGGCUUGAGUGAUCUGCAAAGAGGUGGUAACAAUCGUGGAUCAAAAGGAAAGAGCAAAGUCAAGGUGCAAAUUCCACCAGCCCUGCCUCACAGCUAUGACCUGGAAACAACAGCAUUUGGUUUGAUCCCUGAGACACCCAGUGAGGAAGUUAUGUCCCCAGUGUACAAAGAGCCAUACUGCUAUGAGAAAUCUCAGAAGCAUUCUUCAGGGGACCAUCAUGAUGGGGUAAAUAGGUGGAGUCUGCAGUCAGACAGCCAACAAUCUUCUUACCACUCUGAUUCCAACAACAUGAAGUCCUCACUAUAUGCUGACCCAUACACUCCUAUUGAUGACCUAGAAUGCAACUUUAUGGAUGAGAUUCUAAAGAACCUGAAUAUGAGCCAAACUGAAAAGCCUGCUUCAAAAUUGAAGACCACUGGUUCGUUCCAAAUAAGCCACAAACCACACCCAGCUGCUCUGCAGAAGAAAUAUUCUCAUCCAGUGAAGGGAAACAAACAACUUGUCAGGCCCAUAAUGCACAGGAACAAUGAACCAGAUACUUCAAGGCACACAAGGGCCAUGCCACCUGCACAGGGCAGCUUUUUCAAAAGCGUGUCAGCACUCAAAGAAGAAAUGGCUCAUUCUCAACGCAAUAAAGAAGUUGAAAAUAUGUUUGACCUUCCUCCACCUUGUUCCGAGGCCCUGGAGCAUGAUUACACAGAACUGCAGAGCUUUCACAGUGACCUCAGCUAUGACAAUAUUUGGGACUAUGAAGCGAAGGAAAAAGAUCAUCAUCACUUCUCACCCCCUCCAUUCCCAGGAUACUUCAAUCCAGGGGUUCAGCAGAGCAGGGCCAUUCCGAGCCGGUGGUUAUAAAUGCCUUGAAAAUGAUUAAUACACCAUGGAGAUACGGCAAUGCCACUGUGAUGGACAUACUGCUGCUGGUUUCUUAUAACAACAGUACCUCCACGGAACUUUGUUGGCAUUAAACUGUCAUAAGAUGACAAGCACUAAUGACUGCCAGGCAGUAGUAUCCAGUCAUACUGCCUUUUUCCAUCACGAGUUGUGUCUUGUUUUUUUUUUACUGCUCUAGAGGUUUUUAAAUGGCAGAUUGGAAACUGGAACAGUAAUAAUACCAUGAUUAUCAGCAUCUCUCCAUUGGGUUCUUCAUGCUGUCAUUGAAAGGCACUCACUCAUCUGCACUGUGUAUACAGUGACAAGUGCUUGUCUUUGCUUUGGCACUUCAGCUUUUGCAUAACUCUGUCGCUGAAUCCUCCCAUCCCUGGAGCCUGACUCACAAAGUGUUCAUUACAAUUACGGAACUCCUUCAUUCUAAAAUGCAACACUCCCUGAUAUUUUCUAAUGUCACUCCCAAAAUGCAAAUACUUCCCCACCAACACAUAUUUUAUUCCUACUUAAACAUUAUUGCUGCUGAGGCUUUUUUCUGGGGAAGGGCAAGUACCCAGCUGGAACUGUGGCAGCAUUCUAAUGAGGGUGGCUGAAUGCACACUGAUAUACCCAGCUUGUAUCUCAGGAACUCUUGCAGUGCUUUAACUAUAUUGCCAAAGAGCAUGGUGGAUUGUUUACAACAGGAAACUGUUUAAUGUAAAGUUAAUUUAAUUAUUUGGUUUAUUAUCUUUGAUUACAAAGACCUUGUUUUUUUUAUACUGGUUUGAAGGGUCAUCGUGACUAACUAUUUAACAUGUAAUAUUUAUUUUAAAGAUUGUUUUGCACUGUUUAAAUAAUGUACAUAUUCUGUAUUUUUGGAGGGUGGGGGCUUUAUUCUUGUUUAUUAAACUGUUAGCUUUGAAAUUAAAA